UAUACGGAAAUAUCAACAAUAACAACUGAGCUGAGGAAACAGAAACCUAACCUAAAUAAUGAUGAUAGUAUUGGGGUAUUAUUGCUUUUAAAUUAAGGUAACUAUUUAUACAUUGGUGGUCAGAUCAUAAUAAGUACAUUAAUAGCAAUUAAAAUAAAUACAUCUCGCCAAACAGACACAAAAUAAUAAUCGGUGUAAAGAAGAUCGGUUUGAACUUUACUAGAAAGAAUAGUGUAGCUCGUUCAUGUAUCUGGUUUAUAUGCUAUGUUCAGACACCAGUGUUAAAGAUGUCAGUUCAUGCCGUUAUAUAUUGGAUACACGUUGUGUAAGCACCGAGAUCCUAAAACAAUAGCACAUUUUGGUCCAGCUGUUUGGUACAAAAGCCUGUCUGGGUCCAGCCAUCUGCUGUUUAUGCCUUUGCCGCAGAUGCAUUGCUCCGUAACUGACAAGUGUGUUCAGCAUGUUCAGCAAAUGUGUCCCAAAAACAAUGAUGAGGAAUCCUGCGAGGAGGAGAUGGACACAUCUGAGCCUAACUGGCAUUGGUUUUACCUGGCUGAAUGUGGAGUAUGGCACAUGUUUGAGAUUGAUCCCAGUGCAGGAUGCUCGGUGACCAGCGAACAGAUUGAAGCGAACUACAACAGGAAUCAGCAUGGUUCCAUGGAUUUUUAUACACCAAAAUAUAGCUACAGAUUAGACUUUUCAGUUAUGAAGCAAAUCAACAUCACAACUGGAAAACAGAGACCAAUAAAAAGGGCUCUACAUUCCGCCACUGGAUUUAGAUUUAUCUGUGAUAACCUGGCUCUUCCAGUCCCUUGUCACUGGGAAAGAGUUAACACAGAUGAACCAUAUCAGCUCAUCCCUCUGUGCAGAGACACAUUUGAGUACAAAGAGGUGGCCAGGUUGUAUGAGAGGACCAUGUCUCAACCUAUAAAAUCCAUUCAGAGGAUACAGAACCUGGAUCUGUGGGAGUUUUUCUGCAGGAAAAAGGCCCAGCUGAGAAAGAUAAAACGUAUUAUAGACAUUGAUGAGAGGAUGCUGUUUCACGGGACGGGGCACAGUAACAUCCAGGCUAUUUGCACAUACAACUUUGACUGGCGACUUACAGGAAGUCAUGGUGAUGUCUAUGGAAAAGGAAGCUAUUUUGCUCGUGAUGCCAAAUACUCCAGCAAGUUCUGCCACUCCACCAGCAAGCAUAACUUCACGUUGCAGAGACAUGGCCUGGCACCGCCCAUAUUCCAGAGUGACCCGCCGUAUAAGUGCAUGUUCCUGGCACGGGUGUUAGUAGGGGAAUACACAGUAGGUCACCCACAUUUCUGUCGCCCACCCUCCAAAGACCUGAGCAUCGCCAACUUCUUUGACAGCUGCGUGGACGAUAUGGUCAACCCAAAGAUCUUUGUAAUAUUUGACAGCAACCAGAUCUAUCCUGAGUAUCUUAUCGAAUUCUACUGAUGAAGAGGCGAAGGACAAUUUGGGUUAGAUGCUUAAUGAAGACACAGGAAUGGUUGCUUCAUAUAAAACUGCAAAGCCCUGGUAUGAAGAGCCAUGACUUCCCUGUGUGUCAGUGCCAAAGUUAAGGUGUGUACAUGCUUGUGAUGAAAACGACUCACAUAAGACAGGAAAUGUGGGCAAAUGCAUACUAGGGAAUCCCAGCUCCAGUUCUUGAGGACUAGAGUCAAGCACAGUUUGCCCCUUUCUCAGCAGUAAUAUAUUCACAUUUCCUUUUUUUCAGAGGAUUUCACUCAUAUUUUCUCCCCAGUUUGGUCUGACCAAUUCCCACCCACUAACUAACUCACAAACCACCAAUGAGAGUGGGGCAUACAUGUGCUUCCUCCAUGCCAACCUCCUCAUGUUUUCACUGCUGCUCAUGCUGUGUCACAGGACAGCAUAACACACUUGGAGGAAAGCAUCAUCUGCCCUCUUCCGCAUACAUGACCUCACAGCCACCCAUGAUUGGCUAGUGUCUCAGUGAUUGACAGGAGAGAGAGGGUAUGCCAUCCCUCCCACCCAGCGAGCAUGGCAAGUUUUGCUCUCUUGACUCCUGGCCACAGAUGACUGUGGAAUCGUUGGGAUUAGUUCUUGUGAUCCCCAAUGAUAGUUCACACACUGUUCUGUUGCACCACUCGGGAGUCAUAUUCACUUUUGCAUUUACAAUAUUUGGCAGACACUUAUGCAGACUGACUUACAGAAAUGCUUUGGGGUGUCCACUGAAAACAUAUCCUCAUAAGUGUACAAAUAUGUCAUGGACAACUAAUGCAAAUAAUCAUUUAAUUAGUAGGUGUCUUUAAGCAGGGAAAUAAGCAAACUGUGCUGAACUCUGUGUCUCCAGGACUGUAGUUGUGCACCUCUGACAUAGACUGUGAAUCAUAUCCAUCUUGUUAUUAGGGCUGCACAAUAAUGGCUAAAAAGAUUAUUGCAGUUAUAUGGUUCAAUAUUGAGAUCAAAAUUACACUGUAUGGCCAAAAGUAUGUGAACACCUGACCAUCACACCCAUAUGUGCUCCUUCCCCAAAAUGUUGCCACAAAGUUAGAACAAACAAUGGUUUGCCAAGGUUGAUGUGGAAGAACUUGAGUGGCCUGCACAGAGCCCUAAUUAAUUAAAUUUUCUUGUUUUGCCA